AGAGUUCUUGAAGUACAAGGAGGUGUGGGUGAUGGAUGAUCUGCCCAAAGAGUUUGACCCCAGGAAGAAAUGGCCCAAAUGUCAAAGCCUGAGUGAGGUCAGAGAUCAGUCUGACUGCGGCUCUUGUUGGGCCUUUGGGUCUGUUGAGGCUAUGACUGACAGAAUCUGCAUCAAAGGAGGAGGAGCUGUCCACAUUUCUGCAGAAGAGGUCAACAGCUGUUGUGACUAUUGUGGUGGUGGAUGCGAUGGUGGUUCCCCUUCAGCUGCCUGGAAUUAUUACGUGAAAUUUGGCGUGGUCAGCGGUGGCCAGUACGGUACCAAACAGGGCUGCCUCCCCUACUCCCUCCCCCACUGUGACCACCAUGUCAAGGGAAAGUAUAAGCCCUGUGGACCCGGUAUGUUUCCCACCCCUAAGUGUACCAAAACCUGUGAGGCUGGAUAUCCCAAGACAUUCCAACAAGACAAACAUUACGGUGCCACCACCUACGGCGUGAGUGGCGUGGAUCAGAUCGCCCAAGAACUCGUGAGUCACGGUCCUGUCACUGCAGCCUUCGAGGUCUAUGAAGAUUUCCCCUCCUACAAGUCUGGCGUCUACAAGCACACCCAUGGUGAGUACCUGGGCGCUCACGCCAUCAAGAUAAUUGGCUACGGUGUGGAGAAUGGACAGGACUACUGGCUGGUCACUAACUCCUGGAACGAGGACUGGGGAGAUAAGGGAUACUUCAAGAUCGCCAAAGGCACCGACGAAUGUGGUAUCGAGGACAGCGUCGUAACCGGCCUGCCUAAACUGUGAAUAACGCCCAAGUUCUUCAACCAACACUACUGCAUUCUUCACUUUUAUAUUAAUAUAGCGACGGUAUUUUACAGUAAUAUUAAAACUGUUUAAUAAAGCUAUGAAAAACAUCGAGGUUCUACCAAAAAUCUAGUUCUUAUAUUAUCGUGAUUGUGUUUUACAGUAAAAGUGGAAUAGUUUAAUAUACAAAUAAGCCAACUGUACUUUGAUACUUGUAUGUUUACUCUGUGUUUAUAUGAAUAACGUCGAAAUCUACCACCAACGUUAUCGUAUUCUUAAUCCUUAUCAUAGCUACAGUGCUUUACAAUGCUACUGAAACCGUUUAAGAAGCUGUGAAUAAAAAUGAGGCUCUACCACAAACCUAGUUUUUAUGUUACAGCGAUGGUGUUUUAUAAUAUAAAACAACAACUGUACAUUGAUAGUUAGUUGUAUGUCCAGUCUGUCUGUUUUUUGUGUUGUUUCUCAAGAUAUGCCGGUCUCCUCUGUUUUCCAACAACUGUUUGCGAACUUGUCAAACUGUGGGAUCUCUACAAAAAGUCUGAAUGUAAUGCAGCGUGGUGAAAUCCGGCGCUCUUCAAAAUAAUAAAAUCAGAGAAAUCGGCCCUUUUCCGACGGUUUUACAGUUUUAUUUUCAAAUUGUUGUUUUUUGGUUCAAUACCUUUUACAUCGAUUAAAAAACACAUAUCGUUGACGAUUUCAGUGAAAAUAAAGUUGAUAAAAGUCUCAAAAUCUAAA